GUCAUUGUUGGCGCAAUGCUUCCGCUGGGGAGCUUCACUAUGGUAUUCGUGACUUCCCAUUAUUUGCGAAAGCCUCUUCGUACGUCCGUUUCCGGCAUUUCUACACAUCUUCCAAGCGCGGCAAAGAACAGCUGGAGAGCAUGCGGUGACCACGAUCUCGGCCAAGCACAACGGGGUGUUGGUGCCGGCAAGGGCAAGGGCAAUCGCAACCGCUCGCGUAUUUGUUGCACCAUCGAUACCCACCACGCACGCGAACGAGUUUCUGCAUCACCGUAUUACUGGGCCCUCGCAAGCUGCAUCCAGGGGUUGGCAAGAGCCUUGUGGCAAGUUGCCCAAGAUGCCAAAGGACAAGUCCAAGCCGCUCGAGCGCGCAUGUGAUAAUUGCCACAUCCGCCGCGUGAAAUGCUCCAAAGCCAGGCCUUGCGACCACUGCGAGCGGCUCGGGCUCGAGUGCACCUACGAAAAGGCGGCAAAAGGCAAGAGCACGACGGGUAGGCGGAUCGAGGAGCUGCGUAGGCUCCAGGGUCGUAAGCGGGAGGAUGGGGAUGAUGGGCACGAAGAAGACGACAGCCCCGAAAAUGCGGGACCCCUCACUUCUGCAGAGGCAGCUGCCCACGACUUGCCAUCACAGCACGGACGGGCAUUCCCAUCGUCGCUAUGUCCGUCGUCGCAGACCUCCCCUCCUUCUUCUAUGGGUCCGCCACCUGGUCCCGUACAGCCACUCCCCCAUCCACCGCACUCGUCUCCGGGGUCAAGACACUAUUCAGGACCUUCCGUCUCUUCUGCAGACCCAAAUCAUCGACCGUAUCAUCCAUAUCGAAGUCAAAGUGGCGCAGGGACAGAAGGAGCCCGGUCGCCUUACCAAGGUCACCAGCGAUUUGGCUCUGUGAGCAGCGCCAGCACGGGUGUCGGCUCUCCAAGAAGCGGAUCUAUAGCACCCGGCCAGUGGUCGCCUUCGACCCGCGUACUUCCUCCGGCUAUGCAUCAUUAUCAUUAUCAUCAUCCUCACCAUCACCCUUAUUCGCAUCCCCACCCCCAUUUCCAUUCUCAACCACAUGCCCAGUCACAAACGAAUCCCCCUCAACUGCCGCCCAUCUCUUCCGGCAAUGCAGCGCAUGGCGAGGCCAACGGCGCUUAUUUAUCGCCCGUUUCUCCGAGGGUCUCCGAAAGCACGAGAGCGGCGAGCAGUAGCGGGGGCAGUGCCUAUUCCAAGGACUACGCACGCCCACAACAGCCGCAGCAGCAACCCUAUCCGUCUCCAUCCGGCAGUGCCGCAUAUAAGGAUACAUCCCAGACGCCCUUACAGCAACAGCAGCAGCAACAACACCCCUCAAUGCAAGGACAGGCGCCGUCGCAUACUCCCGCACAGCCACCGACUGGGCAGUCAGUUCGAGCUAUGCCCCUUCCGUCCUUCGCAUCCGCUUCCACCAUUCCUCCCGACUCCGACCCACAUUCGCAUUCGCAAGCACAUGUACAAGGAGCCCAGAUGGAUCCAGUACACAUGCCUAGUCUGCGCCUUCCGGAUUUGGAUACUUCCCUGGCGGACAGCUUCAAUGCGCAGGAUCCGAGCGUGCGCAGUCAGUUUUUCGAUUGGAGCGUCAUGAUGGAUGGGAUCAUCGGCUCUGCCACUGGAGAGCCGAACACUGGGGGCAAUGCUGGCUCGGCGGCAAUCGUUGCCGGCGCUCCUGCGACGGGAGCAGCUGCAGGCGGCUCCGGCGGCGUCCGACCGGGCGGUCCUUCCUCUGAAGAGCACGUACAACCCAAUCACUUGAACGGCCGGCGGCAGAGCAUCAACGCGUCGGACCUCUUCUGUGUCGAUUUCAGUGGAAAUGCGCCAGAUAUGUUUGUUUCUCUUUCGGCACCCUUCGCAAAUUUCACCAAUCCAUUUAACGGGAACAACAGUGCGACUGCCACUGGCGCUUCGUACUCUAGCAGCAACUCCAGCGUAGAAACGCCAGGAUCGAGAGCGAGCAUCGGUAUGGCCCAUUUUGACCCUGUGCGCUCAAUCGCGAGUAGUGGAGUGCGCGAUUCGAUGGAUGGGCCGGAUGGACGCGGGCAAAGGCAACAAGGUCCUGGUCAAGGCCAAGCUUAUUCACCGUCUAAUGCCCUGCAAGCUUCUUUCGCCCGAACGCCCAGCGGUGCGCGGGAUUCAAUACAGAUGGAGAACCCCCUUGCCGAUUCGGUCCUCAUCCCUCGCAUGGCCACCUUUUUUGAACGCUUGCACCCGGCACUACCCGUUUUCUCGCGCGCCUGGCUCUUCCCGCGCUUAGACAAGGGCGACCAGCACAACGACGUCGAUUUUGCUAGCAUGCUCCUCGCCAUGAGCGCAAUGGUCCUCAUCCAGCCCGUCGAGGGCAAGGAGGCAGGAACGGAGAGCAUCAAGGAACGCAUGAGGCUCGCCAGGUAUCUGCUGGAGGAGUGCAUCAAGAUGCGGAACAGCGUUUUGUUUGGGAAGGCCCCGAGCUUGGAGGGCACUAUGACGUCUUUUUACAUCUUUGCCUGUCUAUUUGGUAUGCGCGAGGAUAACGCUGCCUGGUUCCGACUGCACGAGGCGGUGUGCAUUGGACACCUGCUCAAGCUGCACGAGCCCGCGGCGUACGAGUCACUCAACCGCGACGAGCAAGAACGACGACUGCGGGCGUACUGGCUACUCGCGAUUACCGAGCGCGCUUAUGCGCUGCAGCGUGGCCACUCGCUCGGCUUCCGUGGUCACCCCGCUGCCACGACGAAGCAUCUGCGCAAUAAUUUCAAGCUGAACAAAUUCGACGAUUUCCCCAAUUUGCAGCUGAAGCUGUUCGACUGUGUCGACGAAGACUUUGUAGAUUGCUGGAACGGAAGGUGCUCGGGUCGCAUGUGCAGGAAGCUGAACAGCGACAAGGCUCAGCGCCUCUAUCGCUCCUUCAUGGAGGACUAUGACAAGCAGGACGAAGCGGCGGAUGUGAAGGAUGAGCUGAGCAAGAGCGGAACUGGCCCCAGCAGCGUGACCACACCUGGCUCGCUCAACACGCAAGAGAAGGGAGAAUACGAGCGACUGAAAGUGCAGAAGGCGGACGUCAACGUCACCCGGCAGUGGCUGCUAAAUCGCCUAUGGUUGACGUGCCUUAGUCACGGCCUCGUCUCUGUCGACUCGCCACAUGAGCCGCUUCAAGCGACACAUGCCAUCGACAUUGCUAGACGGACACUUAGGAUUGUCGAGCGCCUUGCUAUGCCAGCCAUGGAGGCGCAUGGCAUCGGCUUUGCGGAGAAGCUAUACGAUAUCGCGAUGACGCUCAUUGUCAUCUACAAGGACUUUCCUUCCGUCGUGGAGACUGCGCAGGCCAUGGAGAUGGUCCGGCAGCAGCAACAGCAGCAGCAACAGCAGCAGCAACAGCAGCAGCAACAGACUUCGCAAAUAGCAGCGGUGGCGGCAGGAGCAGCAUGGCAGCCAUCCUCAUCAACCACAUCUUCCCCACACACACCACUCUUUGGCCAACGGGAUCUCGCGAGCGUCCACUCGAUCCUGCAUGCCUACGUCGAGUUCUUGCAAAAGUUCCGAUCAGGGGAACAUCCAUUCCUGGGCAAGCUGAUCGAAGCGAUCAAAGGCUUGCCGCAACGCAACCAAAGCAUCUUUGAAUCGCUCUUCGUGGACAUUGGCGUCUUUUGACACCGGUUUCUCACAUUUUUUCAUCCUCUCGCUUUCUCCUUUGCAUGCAUGCGCGACAGACACCCUUUGUUGUAGAAGUACGGGGUACACAUGAUGUAUAUCCUAUCCAUGCAAAUGAUCCCUAUGC